CGCGCAUCCCUCCGCCGCCGGGCCGGUUGCCAGGGCGACGGCUGCGUGGCAACGGGCUGGCAGCGGGGGGCCGCCCGCCGCCGAGCCGCCGCCGCGGCGCGCAGAGCGGGCGCGCUGCCCUCCUCGCUAGAUGCUGCGGCGGCCGCCCGGGAGCAGCCACGCUCGGCGCACGGCCACCGACCGCGGGCACCAGCCAGGGGCCGCCGCUACCGGGGGCAGCUCCCGGCCGCCGCCGGGCCCAGGGGCAGCGCGUAGCGGCGCGGCGCGGAGCGGAGAUGGUGCCGCUGGUGCGGAGCGCCGGGGGCUCCCACCAGUGGCUGGCGGUCGUGGUCCUCGGCCUUUGCUGCCUGCUGCCCCCCGGCCGACUCGCCGCGCCGGGCGGAGAUUUCCCCGGGGCGGCCGUGGACAACCUGGUGGUCAGGAAGGGGGACACGGCGGUGCUUAGGUGUUACUUGGAAGAUGGAGCGUCAAAAGGUGCCUGGCUCAAUCGGUCGAGUAUUAUUUUUGCUGGAAGUGAUAAGUGGUCAGUAGACCCUCGAGUUUCAAUCGCAACAGCAAACAGAAGAGAAUACAGCCUGCAGAUACAGGACGUAGACGUGACAGAUGACGGUCCGUACACUUGUUCUGUGCAAACUCAACACACUCCUAGAACGAUGCAGGUGCACUUAACUGUACAAGUUUCUCCGAAGAUAUUUCGUAUUUCAAGUGACAUCGUUGUGAACGAAGGAAGCAAUGUUACCCUGGUGUGCCUGGCCACGGGGAAGCCAGAGCCUUCCAUUUCUUGGAGACACAUCUCCCCAUCUGCAAAGCCCUUUGAGAGUGGACAGUACCUGGACAUCUAUGGAAUUACAAGAGACCAGGCUGGGGAAUAUGAAUGCAGUGCAGAAAAUGAUGUCUCAGUUCCAGAUGUGAAAAAAGUAAAAGUCACAGUAAACUUUGCCCCCACAAUUCAGGAACUUAAAUCCAGCGGUGUGAUGCUUGGAGGGAACGGACUGAUACGGUGCGAAGGUGCAGGAGUUCCUGCCCCGGUCUUUGAGUGGUACAAAGGAGAGAGGAAACUGAUCAAUGGUCAACAAGGAAUCACUAUUAAAAAUUAUAGUACAAGAUCACUUCUUACUGUUACCAAUGUGACAGAAGAGCAUUUUGGCAACUAUACAUGUGUCGCUGCCAACAAGCUAGGGACGACCAAUGCCAGCCUGCCUCUCAACCCUCCCAGUACAGCCCAGUAUGGGAUCACCGGUGAUGCCGAAGUCCUCUUCUCCUGCUGGUACCUUGUGUUGACACUGUCCUCCCUCACCAGCAUAUUCUACCUGAAGAACAUCAUUCUGCACUAAAUGUAAAGACCCAUAAAAGGCUUUUAAGGAUUCUCUGAAAGUGCUGAUGACUGGAUCCAAUCUGGUAGAGUUUGUUAAAAGCAGCGUGGGAUAUAAUCAGCAGUGCUUACAUGGGGAUGAUCGCCUUCUGUAGAAUUGCUCAUUAUGUAAAUACUUUAAUUCUACUCCUUUUUUUGAUUAGCUGCAUUACCUUGUGAAGCAGUACACAUUGUCCUUUUUUUAAGACGUGAAAACUCUGAAAUUACUUUUAGAGGAUAUUAAUUGUGAUUUCAUGUUUGUAAUCUACAAGUUUUCAAAAGCAUUCAGUCAUGGUCUGCUGAGUUGCAGACCGUAGUUUACAAAAAAAAAAUAAAAAAAAUAUUGCAGUAAAAAUGUGCUUCUUUAAGGCUGCAAUACAAAUAUUCAGUUCCCUUCUUAAAUAGCAUUCUAUUCACAUUGACACAGAACGUUUUUUCUUUUUUGAUAAAAAAAAAUCAAAUAAUAUUGCCUUCAAAAUAUUUCUUCAAAAUAUUACACAUAUCUAGAUUUUCUUCUAGCAUGAUAUUCAGGUUUCAAGAAUGAGCCUUGUAUUAUAACUGCAUUGUGCAGUACUGCUUUCUUUCCUUUUUCCUGCAAAUUCAGCAUGGGUGUGCCUUCAUAAAAUACUACUUUCCUCUUCCUCUCCAACAAAUCUGGAAUGUGUUUUGGGAAAUGCUAAAGCAUCCUUUUGAGCACAAGAAAUCUCUAGUCAAGGACAAAGGUGCUAUUGGCUAAAAGGAAGGCCUCCUCUCCAGCUCAGGGGGUCACAUCCAGCUGCUUCAGAAGUAGUUUUUUAGGCAGUCAGUCAAGGACAGCACCAACUCCUUUUGUUUUCCAUAUGCCACCACUAACCAGUAGGCAAUCUCCGUAAAAGUUAGUUUUCCCCAUUAUAAAACAGAACGCAAAUUAUUUUGAGGCAUCUUUUGAAUGUAGGAACGUUUCCCUUAGUCAUUCUAAAUCAGAAUUCCUAAAUGGCUGUAAAUGUGAGAAGCUGAACAGUCCCUUUUGUAAUACUGGCAAAAACUAUGUGAAUUGGUAUUUUUCUUGCACUUAAUUUUGUACUGGUUUGGCUAAUUUCGCAAUGAUAAAGGAUGCUUUUAAAUAUUAGAUAUCUGAAAAUACAUGAAGUAUCAAGCAGAAUUUUAUAUAUAUACAUAUCUAUAUAUUAAAACGAGGUUGCUCCAAUAACUGUACUGAAGUGCAUGUUGCCGUCCACGAUAGAAUCAUCUUCACAGACAGGACUCCAUUCCCAAUGCACUAACACUGCACACAUACCUUACUGCAGCAGUUAACUCUUCAUACACCAUUUCCUAGCACUGCAGUCUGGCCAGAUAACGCUCAUCUCACUCAGUGAAGGAUCAAGUUUCCAAACAGCAUGUAAUGCUGCUAACUUUUCGUUUUGAACAGCCCCGGACAGCAUUAACACAAAACGUUGCUCACUGUUUACAGCUGAAUUUAAAAAAGCCAUCUGUGUAAAUUGCUGGGGCAUGACUACGGCCAACAGCCCUUGAACACAAGAUCCCCCAGUGACCCCAGUAGAUCUUGACUGGUUUACAAAACUACUACCGAUGACAAGAAUAAUAAAACCAUUAUCAACAUUCUCAUUCCCGUGUUUUGUAGAUGAACUCCAGUAGGUGACGCGUUAUAGAACAAUUUAUCAUUUUUUUUCUUCUGCCAAUAGGACUUUGUGGCCAGCAGUGCCAGCUGAGCACCGCCAGGCUCAGCGGCUCCGCGUUGGCUCCGUUAGCCCCGCUUUGGAAAAGGCAGGGUCCCAGUGUUGCUAGUCUCAGCAUACACUAUCCCAUGCUAACACGUAGACAGAAUAUGCAGCAAAUCUGUUGUAGCUACCGAUAAAGGGCAUAAACAGAACUAGGCUGACUCAAAAAUAUGACAAUAAAAUGUCCUGGGUCACUCUGCAUAUGUUCAGUGACAGACCGUACGAUUUCUAUCUUAUUAUUUACAGCCGUGUGCUAAGCAGUUACUAUUUUCGGAAAUGCAGCCUUUUUUAAAACCUUGAAUAACAUGACAAAAUUCAUUGUUUAAGGAAGGAGUAUAAAACUCAAUUCGAAUUAUACUAUACACAGUCCUGAUAUUCUGAUCUCUCUUGUAUUGCAGCUUUAAAGUGCUAUAUUUUAGAAUUCAUUCGCUAGAAACAGUGGUGCUGCAGAAAGUAUCAUGUUGGUACAGUUUUACAAAGGGGGGAAAACAAAAAUGCAUAGCCCAACUCGUAUGCCUCAUCUCACGUAAAAUUGAGAGAAUUUUCUGUACUGCGGCUGGAUCAAAUUCUAUAUUUCAAUGCUAUAUUUCAUUCCUGUGAUUCCUGGUAUCUGGAACCUGAUAUUUCCAGCAACAGGAUAGAAUGAACAGCAGCUUUAUUAAAUACGGGGUGGGGGGUGGAGGGGGAGGGAAAUUAAGCAUUGACUUUGCAUUCAUACUGGGCAGAGCCACUGGGUAACACGGACAAGCUAUUCAGUCCCGUCUCUGAAUCAUCACUUAAAUUUGGGGGGACAUAAUCACCGUCAAUUCCAAAAAGAAACAAAACAAAACCCAGAAACCUUUCUAGGUGCCAGUGGUGUUCCCUUAGCCGGGAGAGGUACUGAACAUCAGUCAGGCCUGCGUGUUCAGCAGCGAACAUGUGUGUGUACAUGCACGUGUGCGCGGCGUGCCGCGUGCCCUCGGUGUCCGUAGGGUCAGCCUCCUGCGGGCUGCUUACCCGACUGCCCCUCGGCCCUCCAGCCCCACAGAGACGCAGCCGUGCUUAACUUUAUGCACCAAUUAAUUCAACAGGCAGAGUACAUAGAGCCAAACACCCUUAAUUUUUGCAGGAUUGGAGCUGUAGGCAGUGUUGAUCAAAUAAAGAAACUUGGUUCUUGGUGAAUCUGUUCCAUGCAGUGAACUGGUAAUUGUACAGAUUGGGACUUAUCGGGGCGUUCUUCCCAAACGGGGGGUGCAGACUGCUGCAAAUUGAAUGCAACCACAUUUUACGAAAUCUACCCACCCUGUAAUUUGUGGGGUGUAUUUGCUUUAGGCAACUGCUUGAAGGUAUGUUCUAUGCUUCUUCAGAGAAUUAAUCCAUACCGUUCAUAUCUGUCGGGCAAAUAUUAUAUUUAUUCCCACCUUUCAAACAUGAAAAAUAAAUGGCUUAGCUCCGAGCAGUAUAACUUGAAUAUUUAUAUCAAGAUUGCUGUCCACAUUGGAAACCCCGAAGUCUGUAAGACCGUAAGUUCCCACUUGUGCAAUAACUCAGGUCUGCAAUUACCAUUGCAUUGGUGACAUACAUAGAAGCAAUGAUGCUCUAAUUAUACAGUUGCUGAUCAUGAUAUUAUAAUACUGAAUUAAAGGAUGUCUCACAACUUCUCGAACAAAUGCAGUUUCUCAAAGGUUUAUAAUUUGGCAGGAGAUGUGUCCUUCAUAGCUAGACAGCUUUUUUUAAACUUUUCAAUAUAUAUAUUUUUUUUAGAAGCUAUGCUGUUUUUAAGAUACAGGAGCGUUAGAAACCAUCACCAGUAAAAGCUGCUUUUUUGCACA